AUGUCUCUGCCCACGUUCAUCUUCGCACUCCUCGUCGUGAGCUGCGCCGUCGCCGCUCCCCGUGCGCUCGCGGUACGGGAGCUCGCCGGCAACGACGCCAUCGCCGUCGAAGCUGCCAUGGUGUCGAGGCACGAGAAGUGGAUGGCGGAGCACGGGCGCACGUACGCGGACGAGGAGGAGAAGGCGCGGCGGCUGGAGGUAUUCCGCGCCAACGCCAAGUUCAUCGACUCGUUUAACGCCGCGGAGGAGAGCAGCCACCGGCUGGCCACCAACAGGUUCGCCGACCUCACCGUCGAGGAGUUCCGCGCCGCGAGGACCGGCCUCCAGCGCCCGGCGGCGGCCGUGGCUGGCGCCGGGAGAGGCGCUGGGGGGUUCAGGUACGAGAACUUCAGCCUGGCCGACGCAGCGGGGAGCAUGGACUGGAGGGCCAUGGGCGCCGUCACCGGCGUCAAGGACCAAGGCUCUUGCGGCUGCUGCUGGGCGUUCUCGGCGGUGGCGGCGGUGGAAGGGCUGACCAAGAUCCGCACGGGGCGGCUUAUGUCACUGUCGGAGCAGCAGCUGGUGGACUGCGACGUGAACGGCGACGACGAGGGCUGCGCCGGCGGCCUCAUGGACAACGCCUUCGAGUACAUGGUCCGCCGCGGCGGCCUCACCACGGAGUCGUCCUACCCGUACCGCGGCACGGACGGGUCGUGCCGCCGCUCGGCCUCGGCCGCGUCCAUCCGGGGGUACGAGGACGUGCCGGCCAACAACGAGGCCGCGCUGAUGGCGGCCGUGGCGCACCAGCCCGUGUCCGUGGCCAUCAACGGCGGCGACAGCGUGUUCCGGUUCUACGACAGCGGCGUGCUGGGCGGGUCCGGCUGCGGCACGGAGCUCAACCACGCCAUCACGGCGGUCGGGUACGGCACGGCGGGCGACGGCACCAAGUACUGGAUCAUGAAGAACUCGUGGGGCGGGUCGUGGGGCGAGGGCGGCUACGUCAGGAUCCGCCGCGGCGUGCGCGGCGAGGGCGUCUGCGGCCUCGCCCAGCUCGCGUCCUACCCUGUCUAG